AUGAAUCCUCUAUCCACAACAAAUUUUCUUCCAGAUGCUUUUCUGGGAGCCAGAGAUGAUAUUGCUGUGCAAAUACAAUUGUUAUGGACAUUGUUUAAAGCUCCAUUGCUUAUACCACUCCUGAAUAUGGCCAUUCUUCUAUGUUCAAGCAUGUCUUUGAUGUUGUUCAUUGAAAAGGUUUACAUGAGCAUCGUCAUUCUUUUGGUGAAGGUGCUCGGUCAAGAACCUGAGAAGCGUUAUAGAUGGGAACCAAUGAAAGACGACAUCGAAGCGGGUAACUCUGCUUAUCCCACGGUUCUUGUCCAAAUCCCGAUGUACAAUGAAAGAGAGGUUUAUCAGUUCUCCAUAGGAGCUGCCUGUGGACUGUCAUGGCCUUCGGAUCGUAUGAUAAUCCAAGUUCUUGACGAUUCAACUAAUCCAACCAUUAAGGAUAUGGUGAAGCUAGAGUGCCAAAGAUGGCAAAGCAAAGGAGUCAACAUUAAGUAUGAGAUAAGGGACAGCAGAAAUGGGUAUAAAGCAGGGGCUCUCAGGGAAGGCAUGAAGAGGAGCUACGCGAAGCAAUGCGAUUUUGUAGCCAUCAUUGACGCUGAUUUUCAACCGAAGCCUGAUUUUUUAAGACGAACUAUUCCAUUUCUUGUUCACAACCCUGAACUGGCUCUCGUUCAGGCUCGUUGGACAUUCGUGAAUUCGGAUGAAUGCUUGAUGACAAGAAUGCAAGAGAUGUCAUUGGAUUACCAUUUCACAGUGGAGCAAGAGGUUGGGUCCUCCACAUAUGCCUUCUUUGGAUUUAAUGGAACAGCUGGUGUGUGGAGAAUUUCUGCAAUUAAUGAGGCCGGAGGGUGGAAGGAGCGAACCACCGUGGAAGACAUGGAUUUAGCCGUUCGGGCAAGUCUUAAAGGAUGGAAGUUUGUUUAUGUGGGUAGUCUUAAGGUGAAAAGUGAGCUGCCAAGUACCCUUAAGGCUUACCGCUAUCAGCAACAUCGAUGGUCAUGUGGUCCGGCAAACCUCUUCAGGAAAAUGGUUUUCGAUAUCAUUAAAAACAAAAAAGUGUCAACGUGGAAGAAGUUGUAUGUGAUUUACAGCUUCUUUAUGGUGAGAAAGAUUGUGGCUCAUAUCGUCACUUUCCUCUUCUACUGCAUCGUUCUACCAGCAACUGUUUUAACGCCCGAAGUCGCCGUCCCAAAAUGGGCAUCUAUCUAUAUUCCUUCAAUCAUUACUGCUCUAAAUGCACUUAGUACACCCAGAUCACUUCAUCUAAUGGUUUUCUGGAUUCUAUUUGAGAAUGUAAUGUCGUUGCAUCGCACCAAGGCUACCAUCAUUGGCCUACUAGAAGGCAAUAGAGUAAACGAAUGGAUUGUUACAGAAAAACUAGGAGAUGCUCUCAAGAACAAAGCCAUCACCAGUUUUGCCGAAAGAACUCGGCUCAGAUUCACUGAAAGAUUUCACUUCUUAGAGAUUGGUGUUGGAGUGUACCUUUGCUUUUGUGGCUGUUACGAUGUUGCCUUUGGGAAGAAUCACUACUUUCUAUUUCUUUAUGUGCAAGCCGUUGCCUUCUUUAUCAUAGGCUUCGGAUAUGUUGGCAUCUUCGUUCCAAAGAUAUAG